AUGGACCGCUGUCCCGUCGAGCUCUGGAUGAAGAUCAUCACCCUCGCCUGCAUUGACGGAGGAUACACAGGCAGCUCCCUCUCCUUUGUAUCCCGUACGAUGCGGGACGUUGUGGAGCCUCUGCGUUUCCAAUCUGUCUCGCUCAUCAGCGAGGAGCAGCAGCUUGCCUUCUCGAACCUACUCCGUGCCCGCGGGCCCUCCCCACCCGUGAUCCGCCACCUCCUCGUAUUCGUUAAGAUGCACCGUGGAGAUGAAGCCGAGCCUGAUGAUGCAGCAAAGACUGUGGGCUUGCAGCAGACUCUCCGCGAUAUUCUCUCCGUAGCCGCGCCAAAUUUAGAGACCCUCGUCGUACACGAUACCAGAUUCGACCUUGCAUCUUCUGGCCUUGUGUUCCCCGCCCUCUGUAACCUCUCGGUGGACGGGCUGGGCUGCAGCUCCGAGACUGUCUCUCGAUUCCCAUCCCUUCGCCGCCUUCAUAUCACCUCCGAAUACGAGAGCUCCGCCGGUUUCUGGUCGGGUCUCGCACACUCUGCUCCGUCUCUCACCCAUUUACGACUCUCUUGUCUCUACCUACUAGACCUAUUUACCCCAUCUUUCCUUUGCGCUUUUCUCGAUUCUCCUGUCGUCGUGGAAGCAGACGAGGACACACCGAGCUCGGAGGAGGGGGCCGCCAUUGCGAGGAAGCUGCCCACGCUGAAACAUAUUAUUGUACAGCCCUACCAGCCGAGUAUAUUUGACGGCUGGUGCGGCAAUAUUGCGGAGAGACACUUCACGAUGCAGAGCGAGCUAUGCAAGAUUGCGCAUGCUUGUGCUCAAAGGCAAGGCAUCGGGAAGUUGUACGUGUUGCCCAGUAGCUACGCGUAUGACGUCGAUGAGGCUCAAAGGGAUUGGCUGGACACGAUCGAAGGCGGCGACGGGGCCUGGUCUGCCAACACAGAAGAACAUACCUCCUAUCUGUAACAAGCACCUGGCACGAGGAGCGCGGAGCAUAUACUGUGCAUCUC